AUGAUUGAAAUUACCGCAAACGAUCGUCUGGGGAAGAAGGUACGCGUAAAAUGCAACCCCUCCGACACCAUCGGUGAUUUGAAGAAGCUGAUCGCAGCCCAGUCUGGCACCAGUUGGGAUCGAAUUAUACUAAAGAAGUGGUACAUCACUUUCAAGGACCAUGUUACCCUCGGAGACUACGAGAUUAAGGAUGGAAUGAACCUCGAGCUGUACUACCAGUGA